AUGACUGACGACGAUGUUGAUAAAAGAAGAAAACACUUCAUAACAGGCAAGUUCAGUAAAAAACAUUCUAAAUACAAAGCAGCUGAAAAAGAUUUCAACAAAGACAACAAAUUCAUGACCAACAUUAAAAGCGUGAAUGAUGUUAGCGACAGAAACUUUCAUCCACAACUGUAUGGAAACAUCAAUUCUAAAGUUAACAAUAAUUCAAAUGACAACAACUACGACGAUAAUGACAUAUGUGAUACUGAUGAUAUCAGGGGCCAUAGCGAUGAUACUAUAUCUAAUGAUUAUUACGUUAAAAGGGCUUAUUACGAUGACAAAGAUUGUGAUAAUAUUUAUGAAGAUAAUGAUAGCAAGAGUAGUGAUAACGAUGAUAAUAUUUAUGAUGAUGAUGAUGAUAGGAGUGGCAAGGAUAGUAAUGAUGCGGAACUAAACGAGCUUGAUUUAGAUGAUAUUCAAAGUGAUUUAAAGUGGCAUGAGCGAAAGCAUACUUUAGCCUCUGAGGCAAUAUUUCAGUUUGAAGCCAAACAAAAACAGCAGCUACUACUACUGCAGCCACUACAUCAGCGUCUACAACCACAACCACAACAGCCACAACCCCAACAACUACAACACAUACAUAAACGACGUCAUCAACAAUAUCAACAACAACUGCAACAACAUCAACCAUUCUUGCAAAACAAACAACGUCAACAACAAAACCAACAAAUGUUUCAUUUUCAAGAACAACAACAGCAACUUCAACCACAACAACAUUUUUUUAAGCCGUUGCAGCGACAAAACUUUCAACAACUAAUUCAACAACCCAGCCAAUCCCAAAAAAAAAAAUUUCAACAUCAUUCCCAACAAAAACAACAGCAACAACAGCCUAAACAUUCAACUCCUGCUUCCAACCAAUCAACGUUCACUGAGUUGUGGUCUAGUGAUAACGACAACUUCAGCAGCAACGAUUCCAACAGCAGCAACAACACCACCACCACCAACAACAACAUCAACAACAUCAACAACAACAACAACAACAACAUUAAUUCAGUUCAAUUAUCAACCGCAUUUGAGCUAUCUCCAGCCAGCGUAGCCUCAGCAAUUCCUAAAAUCCCAUUGUUAUCUUCCGUGAAAUCAUCCGGUUUCCGGUCAACAAUCCCAUUUGCAUUUGCAUCAUUAUUGUUAUCACCACCACCACCACCACCAUCAUCAUCAUCAUCAUCAUUAUCAUCACAAACAUCAACGUCAUUAUCAUCACUACCAUCAUCGUCGUCGUCAGCACAGCUGCUAUCUCUGCCAUCGUCCGGUUUGACCGCGGUCAGUCCCUUCGACGCAUCCAACUCGUGCCAUUUAUUCUUCCAGCCAAAAUUAACUUCGAAGACGACGACAACAACAACGACGACAAAAACAUUGUUACCGACUGCAAUAUCAUUCUUGACAUCAGCAAACCCAACUAUGACGUCAUCAUCAUCGAACACAUUAUCAGCGGCAUCUCUCACAGUAGUAACGCCUUUCACAUCGUCGUCAUCAUCAUCGUCGUCCAUCUCGACAUUUUGUGUGACAAAGAUUGCACUUGAUGAUGAGAUAAUUCGUUUUGAUUGCAGCCAACGUCUUCAUCGCGACAGCAGCAACAGUGGCGGCUACAGCAGCGGUGGUCAGCGCUUUCAAAAUAAAUUUAAUCUUUUUCAGGAGAGAAAUUUUCAGCGCCAGCAACAACCACAACAACGACUCAAUGACCUUCAUUGCCAACUGCAGCAACGACAUAUUCCUGUAAGUUUUCAAAAUCAUCAAACUCAAUUUGAGAUUCGAAACUUGCCAAAACAACAACAACAUCAUAACGUACAACAACAACAGCACCAUCCAAACUUUAAAAGCCAACAACAACAACAAAUGCAACAACAACAAAUGCAACAACAACAGCGCCCACCAAUUCGUCUCCGCGAAAGUUAUUUGAAUAUUAGGCAAAACCUGAUGACGCAAUUUGAUGAAGAAGACGACGAUGAUGAUGGUGACGAUGAUGGUGGUGAUGCUGAUGAUGAUUUUUCAGCUGAAAAUAAAGAUAAAAUUUCUAAUGAAUAUUUAAAUUUUCAUGACGAUAAAAACCACCACGACAUCUUCAAAAACAUCAAUUACAUCAACGAAAAAGCAAACGCCAGUUGCAGCGUAACUGCGAAUUACAACAACAUAAUAUUUAGCGUUGCUAGCAACAACAACAACAUCAACAACAACAACAAUUACAUCAAUUACAACAACAACGAAAACAUCAAAAACAAUUACUACAAAAACAACAACAAUAACAACAUCCAUUGCAACAACAACAAUUACACCAAUUACAACAACAACAGUUACAUCAAUUACAACAACAACAACAACAUCAUCAAUGAUAACAACAAUCACACGAACUCAGUGAGCAAAAACCGGACAGAACAUUCGGAUGAGAUUUUAGACAACCAGGUAAAUGAGGUAAUUGAAAACCAGUCACAAAUGAAAGAGCUGCAAUUAUCAACAUCAAAAUCUUUACUUACGCUGUCAACAAUAACUACAACAACAACUACAACAACAAUUAAAUCACAAUUAUCAACAAAUACAUUAAAUACAUUAACAACUACCAUCUCAUCAACGGUUACACCAUCAGCAGUAGCAUUAACAACAACAACAUCGUCAUCAACAACAAAAACAACAAAAACGUCAGCCAUAACAACAUCUACAACAAUAUCAACAGAAUCAUCAACAUUCAUAGAUAGCGAAUGCGGCUUAAAAGACAUUUAUUCAGAUUCUAAUCUAGCCUAUGUAUCUGGUAUUAAAGACCAUACCAACAAAAUCAACACUAAAUUUCUGCAAAGAAACACAAACAACAACAACGAAAACAACAUGAACAGCAACAUCAACAACAACAUGAACAACAACAACAAUGACGAUGACAAUAAUACGUCUAUUAAUCCAAACUUCCACCCAUCUUGUUUUUCUCUCGGCCGUCCCAAGCCGGAAGUGAAUGACGUCACGUCAACGAUGAUUCUGACUGAUGGUGAUGAUAUGUUGCUUACAUGUUGA